AUGAGAUCACUUGUAUUUAGCAUCUCCUUUUUAUUAGGAGUGGCUUACACUGCUUUAUUUUUUUAUCUGCUGAAGAAAUCUUACAAUUUUAUACAGUUCAAUGCUCAAUGGAUGUUCGCAAAAAUUUUUUAUGUGGUUUUGAUGUUUUUCUCACUUUUUAGGCUGAUCUCGUUUUGAGCAAUUUGCUUUUUUACAUCUUACAUUCUAGAUCGAGCUCGGCUUUCAUAUGUGCUGCUUUCAAUACCUGAAUCUCUCUUCCUUUCAAGCUUUUUGGUGCUUUUUUGAAUUUUGGCAAGCGUCUAUUAUUACACACAUCUUAUGUCUUAUAAUCCCAUAGAAGGACAAAUCCGAUACCCUAAAAGACUGAAGAAACUUGGCGCAGUUGGGCUAAUUAUUAGUGCACUAUGAGUUAUCGGAGAAAUUAUCUUAUAUGCGUUAUUCGCUGGACGCUUAAUUAGCGUUUCUUCAAUGGAAUUUCAAUUGAUGAUUUCAAAUGUUGCCGCUUUUGUGCUUAUCGUGAUUUUCUAUUGCUAUCUUAUGUUUGAGUACCGAAACAGCUAUUGCAAAUCAAGCGAUGCCAAAAAACUGUCAAUACAGGUGCUAAGAGUUACUCUUAUUUGAGGGUUAGGCCGUGUUCUUCACAUCUUAUUUUACUACACAGAAGCAUUAGAUUUCAGCUCAAAUGACGUUCAUCCUCCAUUUGAUACCAUGAGUGAGAACAUUCCAGCUGCAAUUUUGCUAUUGGAUUACUUGGUAAACGAAAUAUUUUGCAUUUAUUUAGUAUUGAGGAAACAAUUUUUUUAUAUUUACUCGUGUGAUAUAAAUUCGCUUCCUACCACAAAUUCGUUUCUUCCUAAUAAAACAAACGAGGAUUUUAUUGACCCUUCGAUGAUAGAAGAUCCCAAUGAUUUUAGCUGGAUAAAUAGUUAUGAUGAUCCGAUAAUAAAAGAAGAAAAUAUACAAAUCCAUAUAAAAGUGCCUAGUAAAAAGCAGCUUUUGGGGAUAAUUUAUCGAGGGGUUUAUAAUGGGCAUCAUGUAUUAAUCAAAAGAGUCAAAUUCACUAAAAUCAGCAAAUAUAUGAUAGACCAGCUUAUACAAGAAGUGGUCAUCACUAAAAGACUUGAAGGAACCCAUCUAUUACCUUUAAUAGGCAUCAGCACUGGCAGCUCUCACAUUGAUUUUGUCAGUCCCUAUAUGACAAAUGGCUCUUUAUUUUCAGCAAUUCAUCAAAGGAAUUCUUUUUUCUCUUAUAAAGAUAAGCUAAGAAUUGCAAGGGAGUUAGCAUUUUCUCUCAGAAAUUUGCAUUAUCAACGUCAGAUUCAUGGCCACUUGACUUCCCAUAACGUGCUAUUCAAUAAAGACUGAAAAGUUUUGGUAAGUGAUGCAGGAAUCGAAUAUUUCAGAAAGUAUGCAGGAUUGGUACUUAAAUAUUCUAAUAAAUCUGCAUGAAGCAGUCCAGAGCAGCUAAAGGAUGAAACUGAAGUUGUAGCCACUUUUCAUCCAAGCGACGAUAGCUAUAGUUAUGGGAUGAUUUUAUGAGAAUUAUUCACAAAUCAAGAACCCUUCCCAAAUAUGCAUUGAACAAAAUUUAAAAACAUGGUAAAAAGAGGCUAUAGACCUAGUGUGCCCAAAUCUGUCGGAGAUGGGAUUAAAGAACUUAUAUUAAGCUGUUGGAAUGUUGAGCCGAAACUAAGACCAGGAUUUUCUAAAAUUUAUAUGACUGUGUGCAUGAUUGAGGCACAAGACCCAGCUGUUCAAUAA